CCAGUAGUCUGAAAUAUAGGGUCAGGAUCAGAGAGCUUCAUUAACCCAGGAUAUCUCAACAUACUGGUGAUCACUGUGAACACUGUGGCCAUGGGUGAGAACCAUGAGAACCUUCCAGGAUUGUUGGCACCAGAAUCUGCAAUCAUGUAGAGACCCAGGCCCUGUCUGAAACUCACACUGAGCCAGAACCACUUAAGGGGAUCUGGGGACUUGUUUUGUAAUAAGCACUUUGUUAGUUCUUACAACACACACAAUUUUGAGAGCCGUGGGCAUGGAGUGAGAGAAGAAAUUGGAAAUAGCUCACAUUUGGGAAACAGCAAGAUUUAAGUGAACAGAGUAUCUGCCAAGCGCGGGCUUCCGUGAUGGUCUACGAUGACACCAGUAAGAAAUGGGUACCAAUCAAGCCUGGCCAGCAGGGAUUCAGCCGGAUCAACAUUUACCACAACACUGCCAGCAACACCUUCAGAGUUGUUGGAGUCAAGCUACAGGAUCAGCAGGUUGUGAUCAAUUAUUCAAUCGUGAAAGGGCUGAAGUACAAUCAGGCAACACCCACCUUCCACCAGUGGCGAGAUGCCCGUCAGGUCUAUGGCUUAAACUUUGCAAGUAAGGAAGAGGCAACCACUUUCUCCAAUGCAAUGCUCUUUGCUCUGAACAUCAUGAAUUCCCAAGAAGGAGGCCCCGCCACGCAGCGUCAGGUGCAGAAUGGCCCCUCUCCUGAGGAGAUGGACAUCCAGAGAAGACAAGUGAUGGAGCAGCAGCAGCACCGCCAGGAGUCUCUGGAGCGAAGAAUCUCUGCCACAGGGCCCAUCCUCCCACCAGGGCAUCCCUCAUCGGCAGCCAGCGCCACCCUCUCAUGUAGUGGACCUCCACCCCCACCUCCACCCCCAGUUCCACCUCCACCCACAGGGGCUACGCCCCCGCCCCCACCCCCUCUGCCCGCUGGAGGAGCCCAGGGGGCCAACCACGAUGAGAGCUCUGCAUCAGGACUGGCUGCUGCCCUGGCCGGAGCCAAGCUGAGGAGGGUGCAGCGGCCAGAAGACGCGUCUGGAGGCUCCAGUCCGAGUGGGACCUCAAAGUCCGAUGCCAACCGGGCCAGCAGCGGGGGAGGAGGAGGAGGCCUCAUGGAAGAGAUGAACAAACUCCUGGCCAAGAGGAGGAAAGCAGCCUCCCAGACAGACAAGCCCGCUGACAGAAAGGAAGACGAGAGCCAAACGGAAGAUCCUAGCACCUCCCCAUCCCCAGGGACCCGAGCCACCAGCCAGCCACCUAAUUCCUCAGAGGCUGGCCGAAAGCCCUGGGAACGGAGCAACUCGGUGGAGAAACCUGUGUCCUCGUUGCUGUCCAGAACCCCGUCUGUGGCAAAGAGCCCCGAAGCUAAGAGUCCCCUUCAGUCGCAGCCUCACUCUAGGGUGAAGCCUGCCGGGAGUGUAAAUGAUGUGGGCCUGGAUGCCUUAGAUUUGGACAGGAUGAAACAGGAAAUCCUGGAGGAGGUGGUUCGAGAGCUCCACAAGGUAAAAGAGGAGAUCAUUGAUGCCAUCAGGCAGGAGCUAAGUGGGAUCAGCACCACGUAAGAUGGCGCCAGCCGUGGAGGAUCACGAGGAGCUGUGCUAUCCCCAGCACACAGCAAGCCUGCAGAAGCUGGGAUGUGCUUAAGUCUCAACCUGUGAUACAAUAUUAAAAUGAGGAGACAAACUUCAA